UUAUUGAUACAUCGAAUGCUACGAAGUGUUUUGGAUAGUGUAACCUAACCAAAAUGCAACAAAUAUUGCUGUAAACGUCUCACAAGGUCAAAUGUACCGAUAGCACUUCUAGUGCAGGUACCUUGCGUAAAGACAAACGUGCUUAGCGUAUAUUUACUUAUAAUACAUUUCUUAAUCAAAUAAAUAGCAACUUAUUUAAUGACCGUGUUGUGUUCUAGUAUGGCAGAUAGCUUUUUAAUGGAGGUGUGUGUGGACUCAGUGGAGUCUGCUGUCAAUGCUGAACGAGGAGGUGCAAGUCGUCUUGAACUGUGUUCUAGUCUUCUAGAGGGGGGUCUCACCCCUAGCAUUGGUAAGGACUGUUCUCCGUGUGAAAAUGAGAAAUAUCAGGUUCAUGUCUGAAACAAGUGUUCAAUCAAAAUAUGGUCUUUUAAAUGUUGUGAAGCAGAAUGUGAAAAUACCAGUGUGUGUUAUGAUUCGGCCUCGUGGGGGAGAUUUCCUGUACUCAGACUAUGAAGUGGAAGUGAUGAAGAAGGACAUAGAGUUGAUGAAACUCAAUGGAGCUGAUGGGCUGGUGAUGGGAGCCUUGACAGAGGACGGACGAGUGGAUGCAGAGCUGUGCUUGGAGUUACUGGCUGUUGCUCGUCCCUUGCCAGUCACUUUUCACCGAGCGUUUGACAUGGUUCAUGACCCAACCAUUGCUCUUGAGACUCUGGUCUCAUUAGGCUUCCAGCGUGUGCUUACGAGUGGCUGUGAUUGCUCUGCUUUGGAGGGACUCCCCCUUAUUAAACGGCUCAUGGAUCAGGCAAAAGGAAGAAUUAGUAUAAUGCCAGGAGGAGGUAUAACAGAGAGAAAUCUGCAGCGCAUCUUGGAGGGUUCAGGGGCUCAGGAGUUUCACUGCUCGGCACGCUCCAGCAAAGAGUCUGCCAUGAAGUUUAGGAAUACCAGUGUGUCAAUGGGAGCAUCUUUUUCAGCACCUGAGUAUGGCCUAAAGGUAGCAGAUGUGAGCAAAAUUCGUGCACUUAAUGCAAUAGCCAAAAAUACUUUGUGAAUCCAGGUUUUGUCCUUUACCAUUACUCAUUAAAUGGAUCCUAGUAGAUAUAAAAAGAAAUUAUGAGUAUUUACACAUUUUCUAGAUCAAAUAUUACUUGAUUUUCUCUUGACUGACUUUAUGACUCAGGGACAGUAUUUUACCAAUGCCAAAAAAAGGGAUGGUUUGAUAUGAGCGAUACCGUUUUCCAAUAUUUGUCUUGCUGCUUUGGCUGAUAAAGUACCAGUAUUAAGAUUUUAAAAUCCAUAGAGCCCACAGAUGUAUUUUGUUCUAAGCAUGACUGCAAACAUACAGCCAUAUUUUUUGUCAAAGCAUUUUUUGCUGUUCUAUUUACAAUUUUUUUUAUUAAUUAGUCUGUGUAAAACAACAACUUUGAUCCACUGAAUACAAACUGGGAAUGAUACAGAGACUGGAGCAGCUCAGAAAAAUAAUGGUGUAUUUUUUCCAUAUAAGACUGAUACCGAUAUCUGGAACCCUCCCUCCGAUAUCACCAGCAACAGUACUGGAAUUGGUUGGCCCUGCAAACAUGCAUAGCCUCUGCUAGGUGAUUUAUUUUAGAAACUCUCCUAUUUAUGUUGAGUUAGUAUUAGUAUUGUUAAUGGCAAAGGUUGUUCAAGGCUAAAUGUAUGUAAUAUUUUCUUAAAGAAUAAAAAAUUUAAAAGAAGCACAA